AUGCUGCAUUGCACAUCUCUGUGGUCGAGAGUGGGGCCACGAGUGUCGUCUGACACGCAUCGCUCUCUGCCACGGAAACGCCAAUGGAUUUCCACGGGGCCCAAGGGUCUCUCUCGUCUCAUGUACACAAGCUCCGCGGCUUGCAGUCGCCGAACGGAUUCGUGCGACGGUGCUCAGGCUCGGUUUAAUUUAAUAAUAUAUUGUAAUGAUAAAAACGCCGUGGGAGCAGAUGCUCCGGAAGCGAUGCGUAUUUUCAGGCUCGGUUUCCACUUGAUUAAACCCGGCGCGGAAAAUUAA